UUCUCAGCUUGAUGAUCCUUCAGUGGCGUCGUUCGUUCAAAUGUCAUUUGACAGGUGACGUGUUUACUUUUUACGAUAAGGUUAUGUCCUAGCAAAUUUAUGGAAAAAAUGUUAAUGGUGUGCGUUAUACAUUAAAAUUGAGCGUAAAUAAAAAUGGGUACGGCUGUUAGCAAAAAUUUUGAAUUGUCCACGAAUGAUUAUUUACUUAAAUUUGUAAGCACUCAAGCGAUAUCACAAAAUGACCCCUUUUGGAACCGACUGGUGGCUUUCAACAUUUCUCCACCUAUGACAAGUAAUGACCAGCUAGCGUUAGAGUCAAAAAUUGAAAACCUUUGCCAACUGUUGCUGAAAAAUAACCACACCUCAGGAAAUUUGGGUUCAAUUAUUGACGUGUUCUUGUCCCGAGCUACCGAGCUUUUGACUGCCACCAACACCGACGCAAGCUUAUUCAUUUGGCAGUUAUUUAACAUUCUGUUCAUUAUUCGCUGCAUUGUUAAGUUUCUUUGCGAAACCGUGACUGAGGAGCAGCUAAUAGAGCAAAUUGAAGUAAACGGCAAUGGGACAAGACUUGAGACUUUCGUAGACGCUCUAGUUAAAGUUAUCGUCGAUGUUGAAGUUACAGAUGCCACGUAUGGCAUACACCUCGAGGCCAUUACCACACUUCUAGUAUUUUUAUCAGUGCAAUUACAUUCAGGGCGAAAGUCAGACCAAAGCAAUAUUUAUAGACUUAUAAUGAGGGGCAAGCACACAACGCACGCCCCUUUAUUCAUCAAAUGCUUGCUAACUAAUUACAUGAAACAGGCGAAGGUGCCGGUGGGGUUUGGGGCCAACACUGGCCACAGCCUCGUUCUGGGGAUCGCAGCGGAAUUGUGGUCUAUUUUAACGUUCAGCAGAAAAUCCGAUGAAGUUUUGGUGUCUGAAACUAGCGAUUAUCAGGAGGUACCUUUAGCCACCCAGAGUUUGCUGCUGGUUUUAGUGUUAGUGCACCAUUGGACCACUAAGAACAACCCUUACAGGAAUAGCCUAUUUUUGUGUAUGAAUAGUGCCGACAAUAAUCCAAUAGCCCCGAUUCAAGCCAAUAUGUUUUCGAGGAUAGAUUACAACGUUCUUUACGCAACAAUUUGCAAAAAAGCGUCAGGGGACGUGACCACAUUAUUACUCUAUUUACUAAUCCACCGGAAUGAUUCAUUUAGGGCCUUUCUUUUGAGUCGAACGGAUUUAGAUCACUUGAUUAUUCCAAUUUUGAAGACUUUGUAUAACGCCCCGAACAGCAACUCGCAUCAUAUCUACAUGUCACUUAUUAUCCUACUAAUAUUGAGUGAGGAUGAUUCUUUCAACAAAUCAAUCCAUGAAAUUAAACUGAAAAAUAUCGUGUGGUAUACGGAGCGGACCCUCACUGAGGUCUCGCUUGGCGGCUUGCUGGUCCUUGUGGUGAUACGAACAGUACAAUACAAUAUGCUGAAAAUGCGUGAUAAAUACCUGCACACAAAUUGUUUGGCGGCUUUGGCGAAUAUGUCGGCACAGUUUCGAGAUUUGCAUCCGUACGUUAGCCAACGUUUGGUUUCACUGUUUGAAACUUUGGCGAAACGGUAUCAGAAAUUAUCCACAAAGUUAUGGAACGGCAAAAGUGAGAAGAACUCGGAGUACGCCAUCACAGUGUCUCAAGACGGUGACGAUAUGGAGCAGGAUAUCACAGUUCUUGAGGAGGUUUUGAGGAUGGUUUUGGAAAUUUUCAAUUCGUGUCUUUCCAGUCAGUUGGUCAAUAACCCAAAUCUAGUUUACACGCUUUUGUACAAUAAACAUAUUUUCGAACCGUUUAAGGAAAAUGUUGCGUUUCAAGACAUACUCCAAAAUAUUGACAUUAUAAUUAAAUACUUUUCAAGUUUGUUGGACGAUAAAACGCAACAAAACGAAGUGGAUGCCUAUCAAGUUCUUAACGUUAUUCAACAAGGUGCAAAGCGGUGGCCUAAAGACAAGUUGAAGAAAUUUCCCGAUUUGAAGUUCAAAUAUGUGGAGGAAGAUCAACCAGAGGAGUUUUUCAUACCCUAUGUUUGGACUUUAGUUAGCCAGCAAUCUAUCCUCCACUGGACUAACGAUAAUUCGCCACUACUAGCGACUGUUUGCUAACAUUUUAAUGUGUAAUUACUUAUUUAUUAUAUUAUUGUUUAAACUGAGUUAUUGUUUCAUAAUUUAUCAUUUGUUCCUUGAAUGUUAGAUAUUCAUUUUAUUUUCCAGUAUGUAUUUUGUAAAAGAAACUUAUUGUACAAUAAACUUAAAGUAACUUGUUA